CAUGUCGAGGGCACGUAGAUAUGGAGUGGUUGGAAUUAUUUGCCUCAUUAUUAUUUCGGUGUUAGGAAUGUAUCUUGACAACGUGGAGAUCUCACGAACUAACUUGAUCACGUUCUCUAAACAUGAGAGACCACGUCGUAGCAUAGCUCCAAUGCACCUGGUAUCAAGCUGUGGACCAACGCAUCCAAAUCGUACGACCGUUUCUCUCUUAUCAAUUGUUCGUGGAUCCGAGACAAUUCCAUGGUCACCUACGACUGAAGAUGCAACGGGACUGACAGUUGUGGUAGGGGACAUACUGAAGUUUAGUUUAGAGGCUCGAGAUGCCAUGGGACGGCUAAAGAUACUCGGUGGAGACUACUGGUUUGCCAUCAUGGAGGAUCCAAAUAAAAACGCAUCUACUGUUGGGCGAAUAGUUGACCAUGAGAAUGGUCUAUACACCUUACUCUUUGUUGCUGGGUGGAGGGGGAUGAUUAGACUACGUAUCACACUUGUACAUCCCGCUGAAUUAGCCAAGUGGAUCAGAACUGAAUACCUCCAUAGCAUGAGAGCUCCCAGCUGGUCAGGACUUUUCAAAUUUGGAGAGCACGAAGAACGAUCACCGUGUUCCCUCAGCCUCGACGCCGUUUGGAGUGAGAAGUGUGUAGCCAAGCCUAAAGCUCUGCAGUACGCCAUCAUAGUAUGCAAUCCACCGAAGACCCUUCCAUGCGAUUCACUAGUGAGCCUUAAUGGAAAUCGAGCUCUCUACGAACAAGACUUCAAGACACGUUUACCAUCAGACCGCAAGAAAUAUCUUGAGAGACCAUAUUAUUAUACAGCCAUCACAAAUGUUCCAAGUGAUAUUUUUGUUACUGCGGAUGACUCAAAGAGACAACACCUUCUAUCCGAUGGCUCGUCUUAUCUACCGCACUGUGAACCAGGAAUGGACACGCCUUUGACAGAAGGAUACUGGUGGAACAAGACUUGGUUCUCAUUAACUUGUGGUCCUCGUGUCCCUUUGAACAAGGCCAAUGUACAUCAAUGUCUUCACGAUACCAACAUCUACUUCACCGGUGAUUCGACCACAAGGCAAUGGUUUGCCGCCAUCACCGAGGCCCUAGGGUUAGGACAACCGGAGGAUCAUAAGAUGAGUUUCCUGCUGCAGAGACGUGACAAGGCAGCAAAUCUUAACCUUACUUUUAUCUUCCAUCCUCUUACGACCCAUUCCCAGCCUAUCUUUGUCAAUCUCUCGACGGUCAAGUUUGAGGCUGAUGUUAUCCUCGAGUUGCCACGUCAUACUUGUAGGAAUGUUGUCGUGUUCAGUCCAUGGGCACACUUCUCUAUCUGGCAGUGGGAGGCGUACACAGACCGGUUGAAGGGCAUCAGGGCAGCCAUUUUGGUUGCCAAGCAGCGAUGUCCAGAUCUAAUAUUUGUUUAUAAAAGUCCACAUCCCUUAGACAAGUCAUCGGGGUUCCCUGCGCGAGACGUCGUCUUCAAUGAGAUGAGAUCUCUUGUCAGGGAUGUUUUUAAAGGUCUUGGCUUAAUGUUCGUUGAUAUAUGGGAUAUGAACCUAGGAAGUCCAUGGCCUAUUGCAUUGCAUAUGCCCGAAGACGUCAUUAAUCAGGAAGUUUCUGUAUUGUUGUCUUACUUGUGUCCGUUGCUACAGAGCAGGGACAAGAAAAAAACAACGGUAUAGAGAUAAACAGUACUCAU